UCAGCGUGAAGAGGGAGCCGAGCACGGAAGAACCCAGCAGCCCUCUCGAGGCAACGAGUCCCGCUUCCAUCCUGCGCAACAACAACGCGAUGGAUCACGUGAAAAGCCAGGGGACCACAGACCCACUGAAAAUCGGUGGAAAAGGCCGUGCUUGCGUUACCCGAAAAAAGUUUUCCCCUUAGAUCGUUCCGUUGUGCAACGUGGCAAAUAAAGUGAAACUCAGAGAGAAACGAACAAAAUAUAAAGAAGGAAGAGAAAAUACGCGGAGAGGAAGGAAGAAAAGGACGAAGAAAGAAUAUAUAUACACAUAUAUAAACAUAAGCGUAACACAAAGAUAGAAAAAAAGUCAGGGAGAGAGAAAGAGAGAGAAGCAGAGGAGCGGAAAAGGAAAGCGAAAGCAGCGAAUGAUCUCUCGAUCUCAACCAAAAAGGAAAGAUAAUGGGUUGAACCCUCGCAUCGUUUUUAUUUCGAAGCGGAAACCCGGGGAGAGAGAGAGAGAGACAGAGAGAGGGAGAGAGCCAGAAGGGAAAAUAACGAUGUCGAUGAGAACAUGCCCUCGCACGAAGACGAUACCGAGCGUCUUUUCAAACAAUGCUGAACCCUGUCGAAGAUCGCGAUCCCACGGAUUUUCGCAGCCCUCGGGCAACCAGAUAGCUAACGAGAAAGGUCUUCUCUUCCUGUUGUGACACGGUGCCAGUGAAGUGCGGAUUUUUUUCCCCGUUUGUUCGUGCAACCGCUGCCAGGUGCUUCGUAGUUGUUUGCUUUCGCGUUGACACGGGAAAAAGGAUCGUUAAAAAAAGAAAAGGAAAGAAAAAAGAAACAAAGGAAAAGAAAUAGAAUCUUGCGCGAUUAACAACCUUCUAUGAAUCCAAGCACACACAUUUUGUGAUCCACAGUUCUUCGACUUCGUUCAUUUAACAUUUUCAUCUCGAACGAACCACGUCUUUCAUUUUUCUCAUAUUUUCUUUCAGUCUCGCGUUUGUUCCGGUUUUAACCAGCCGCGAGUACCAUCAUCGAUCGUCUCCUCGAGUAAAGAGUAAAGAGCAGAGAGUAGCCUGUUGCUCGGCUAGUGGCAAACAACGCGCUGGAGUAGACGCAAAGAAGAUACAUGUACGUUGUAUAUAAUAAAUCCAUAUAAGUUUCUCUUGGAGCAUAUCAAGACGUAAAGUUGUUGAAUCGGUGAAAUUCGUGACGAGUCGGAUUGAACUCGCCGAUAAGGAUCGGGAGAAAAUAGAAACGUGUCACGGCGAGCGUAAUAAAGCAUCCGCGCGUAAUCGUAUCAGAUUGAAUAAUAGGCUGCUCAAGGCUACCGAAAAGCAUUGCCCCCGGCCGCCAGUGUCUGGAGAAUAACGAGAAUCGUAUGAACGGGAGCAACGCAUAAUGUGUUCGAAGGCGCUUUGAAGGAGAGAGAUUAACAGAUAAAACGCGCUCUCUGGCCAAGCCGUGGACGUGCCAAAAUUGUUCGUCAGUUGCCUGCGGACAGCUUCAUUGAGAAUCUGCCUGAGGAGUAACGGCCAGUGACCUCGGUUCAACCGCUCUCGAGAGCUCCGUUCGAGAGGAAUGCUUUCUCGAAACCGUAGCAUCGCGAAACCUGACGAUCUUCUUGCGAAAACGUCGUCCUUUUCGCCCUCUUCGUCUUUUUCGUCGUCUUCUUCGUCUUCCUCGUCAUCUCCGUGCCUGUCGUCGACGUUCCACCGUUGGUGAAUCGGUCCGCGAGAAAACGAGAUGUGCUCGACGAUCGUUCGCGCGUAAAGUUUCCAGGUAACACGCUGUUUGGAGGAAAGCCGAGCGAGUGGAUCGGGAAUUUUAUCGAAGUUGGACCGACGCUGCAUUCGACGAGGAUCAAGCAAUUCGUAGAAACGCGGAGUGCCUCGUUCAGGUACUUUUCGCAUUUUUCGUUCUUUCUUUUUUUUCUUUUUUUUUUUUUUUUCUUAUUGCGUGUGCUCAAGGGAUUGAACGAAAAGAUAUCACGGGGAUAAAGAGCAUAGAUGUGUGUCGUUUCGCGGACUGUUCCUUUCGCUGGUGAUACACCAGUGAAUAUCCGGUGGGCACGAAGGUGACGCGCGAUUCGUGAACCUCCUAAAGACCGUUUCGUUGCUGUGUUCCGUUUCUUCGUCGUGCGACGAAACUUGCAGUUCUGAACGCAGGAUAUAUGUUUAUAAAUCAGCAGUGACACCUCCUCGAUUCGUUAAACGAGAAACAUCUUCGUACAAGGAUCAGUUCGAUUCUCAGUUCUUCGCCGAUCUUAAGAACGGCGCUCUCGCGUCAAAUCCUUGAUCGAGAAUAAUAUUUCAUAACGAUACCGUGGUACAGUGGUUACGUACUUGAACGUACGAAGAAGGAAGAGGCAAAGAAUAAUUACAGAGACAUAUAGCAAGCAUAAAGAAAAAAGGGUCUCCUAUAAAUCUCGACAUAGAAAAGUGAUGAACAUCGAGCCGGACGCGAAUCGAGUCACGUAGCGAGUCGAGUACGCGAAUGGUGACCGCAGUUGGUACCGAGGUGCGCGAUCACCGACGUCAUUAUCACCAUUACCUCUUCGUACAAUGGACGUUUUCAAAAUCGAUCAGUCGCUGAGCGCGGGUCUGGGUAGCGCCCCGGCGCCAGACACCCUUACACCGGAAGUGUCGUUCGACGCUGGUAGUGAAUUCAAUCUGAGCUUCUUCGACGGACCGGAGGAGAACAGCACCCAAGGCUUCAGCGAUCCCGGUUCCGUUGGUAGCGCCAGCGCAUCGCCUCCACCUGGAACACCAGCCAGCAUCCCUGUAAAUCCUCCGAACGCCGCCCUACCGAUUGUCCAAGUGCCCCCUGGCAUCGUCAUUAAGCAAGAGCAACAUUACGCGGCUGCCGAUUCGAACAGUUCGACGCCCGCGAAGAGUUUCGUGGCCUGUAGAGUUUGCGGUGACAAAGCGAGCGGUUAUCAUUACGGCGUAACCAGCUGCGAGGGCUGCAAAGGCUUCUUUAGAAGAAGCAUUCAAAAGCAAAUAGAAUACAGGUGUCUGAAGGACGGCAAUUGUUUGGUCAUCAGAAUAAGUCGGAAUCGCUGCCAAUACUGCAGAUUCAAGAAGUGCCUAGCUGUCGGCAUGUCCAGGGAUUCCGUUAGAUACGGCAGGGUGCCGAAACGUUCGAGGGAACGCGGCCCCGAAGACACAGUACCGACCACCACGUCAACGACCACUACCACCGGAGUACAACAACUCACGUCCCCUGCUGGUGCUAACAAUAACAAUAAUAACACCAACAACAAUAACAACAACACCAGCAGCCAAAACAAUAACAACAACAGCCAAGCACAGAACGCUAUACCGUGUGUGCCGCCAGCUGCUGUGGUAGAGGCAGAUCAGUCAGACGCGGACGUGAAACAGUUGGCGGUUUACGACGUGAUACUUCAAGUUUCUCAGGCGCAUCACGCUCACUGUGGCUUCACCGAGGAAUCAACGAGGGGCAUCGUCCGGAAACCGAUGAUAAUACCGGCGAGUACUUCUUCGCAGCCCGCCAGUCCAGAGGACCCAGAGGCGGCAUCCUCGACAGCAGAAACAGUUGAAUCGCAAAGGAUCUGGCUUUGGCAACAAUUCGCCACUAGGAUAACGCCAUCGGUACAAAGGGUGGUGGAGUUUGCCAAAAGGGUGCCAGGAUUUUGUGAUCUUUCGCAGGACGAUCAAUUAAUUCUGAUUAAGGUCGGUUUCUUUGAAGUCUGGCUAAGCCAUAUCUCAAAGAUGACCACUGACAGUUCGAUGACAUUCGAGGAUGGUACUUAUAUCACUAGGCAACAAAUGGAAUUGAUGUACGAGCCAGACUUCGUGUCUGCUUUGAUGCAAUUCACUUCGGCCUUAAACGCCCAUCAACUGUCGGACACCGAAUUGGGCCUUUUCUCCGGCGCCGUGCUUCUGGGUGAAAGACCAGGUCUGAACGACGUGAAAACAGUGCAGAGGCUUCAGGAUCGUCUUUUGGAGGCGCUGAAAGUUCAAGCGUUACGAAAUCACACGGUUUCCGGCGAGGCUACUUCCGCGGGAGGUUGUUCCGGUGUCUCGAGCGUCUCACAAAGGAUACCAGAAUUAAGAACUCUGGGUGCCAGACAUGCGAAUCUGCUCGACUGGUUCAGGAGGAACUGGACCAAGCUCAAAUUGCCACCCCUGUUUGCCGAGAUUUUCGACAUUCCUAAGUGUGAAGAAGAUCUUCAGUGAAGAGAAUGUUUCAGAGUACAUCGAGUUAAUUCGACGAGAAUGAACGGCCCUGCCGGAAGAGUCUUUCUAAUUGCCGGUGUUCAUCGCACAAAUGCAGCUCGGACAUCGAGGACGAUUUGUUUUCGCUCGUUGGCGGUGACGUACAGCGGUACGAUGACGAGACGACGAUUCGAUUCGAACGAAAAAAGAAAAAAAAUAGGAAGCCACCGAUAUGGCGACUCGAUCUUCGCCAUCAUCGAGAUCCAUCUUGUGCUCUUCACUUUGUUUCACUCGUACAGGCUGGGAAGAUGGAUCGUUUGGCAAGGCGAAGGGUACAGAUUGCUGAUCGAAACACUCUUGACACGAUAUACGAAGAGAAAGAGAAAAUUUAUCCGAUUAACAGGAAUAGAACGAGCUAUACAAUGCGAACAAUCGACGAUUGGAUCGAUUACGUAUUGGACGAAGUAUAUAUAUAUAUAUAUAUAUAUUACAUAGGUGUGUGUAUGUGUGUGUAUAUAUAUAUAUAUAUACGACGAGUGAAUAACUUUUAAAAAGUUACUAGAUUUUGAAAAAGAAAAGUACUCUUUCUUUGAGAUAAUUAUAAAGGCAAGCCCUCCUUCGAUUGUUCUAAAUCGUGCAAGGGUAGGUAGAGAGUUCAAAAGGGGAUUUUCAAGUAGAAGGAAUUUGUAUCAUUCGCUAUACGUGUGCAAUAAGACGCACUAAUCCAACGAAAGCAUUUUAAAUAAGUACAUAGUCAAGUCGGUGAGCAAGGGAAUCAAGUUUCGUAUCAUGUUGGUCUGGCGCAUAUCGUUGAUUGCAAUAAAGCGACGCAGUGAUCGAACACGCGUCGCAUCAAAAAGAUAGCACAAAAUCGUGAUCGCUUUACAAGGCACGUUUAUUAUUACGAUUUUAUCCAGUUAAAAUAAUUGUCAAGCGAAUUUUUCGGAACCUUGGCUAAUCGAGGAUCGUAUAAACGUUCAAAGUGCAGUCCGUGUGCAGCGAUCUGUCGAAAACAGUGAUCGAAAAUCUCACGAAUACAUACGAGUACAAGGUGCAACGUCGAACUUGUAAACAUAUCGAGAACAUAAUAUCAUAUUUUUUUCAUGCAAUCGACUCUCAAAAAAUACCGUUUCCAUCCCCCAGUGUGAAAACUGUGACUCAAUAGAUAGCUGCACGUUCACGCGAUCGCAAAAGAGAAUAAAUAUAUAAAUAAAUAUGGUGGUACGUACAUAUAAAUGAUACACGCAUGUUGCAACGUGGACGAAUGCAUGCGCGUACAAAACUGACACUUAGACACUUAAUAUACAUAUACAAAGUAAAAAGUUUCACGCUAUAUAAAAGCUCAAAAGGAAAUCUUUAUAGGACGUAUCUCUCUAGAUGCAUCCGCUACGAAUCUCAAUCUAUGCAAUCUCUAUUUUUAUUACUUGACAAGUAGUAUAGUGAAUUACCUUUAUGGAUAUUGUUGCGUCGCUUCAGGGUGUUCCGCGGAAAGUGAGAAUAACAUGCUCGAAGUUGUUCUUUCGUUAAGACUUCUAAAAUUCUCGGUAUAAGGAUUUUUAGUGAAUAAAUAUCUCGCGUACGUAACGAAAAAAAGAAACGAAGAAAAAUAAAAGUUAAAGAAUUGAACGUUGUGUAUAAUAAUAUAAUGUACUUGUUACGUUGAACUGUUGUAUUUGUUAUCGAUCCACGGCCGAAAAUCGUUUUCCGAUCGUUGAUAAAAUCCUGAAGUGAGCAUGUUUGAAUCUUCGAACUCUUGAACGCUAAUAAUUCUCUGACAAUGACUAGCAUGUAACGUGUAUCGAUAUGUAAUUAAUAUACAUAUACAUAUGUAUAUAUACAGUGGUGGAUAACAGAACAUCUAAGGAAUUAAAUCAUCAUAGUGAACGCUAUAAUUUAUUAAGGAGGAACUAUAUUUUAUAACACGGGUCACAGUAUAGUAUGAGAAUAUAUAUGAUCUGAAAAAGGAUGAAACAAAUAAUUAUAUGUAUAGGGACGAGAAAGAAUGUAUUUUAUUUGAAGAAAGCAAUAUUUUAAACAAGAAAUGAAAGAUUCGUUAGACAAAGUAGUAUAAAUUUAAUUGCAACAUUUUAUCGAUAUAUUUACGCCGAAUUUAAGAUUUAAUGUUCUUUUAGAUUUUCUUUUGGUCUGAUUGAAUUUCUUAUUCCAUUAUCAAUUUUAUGAUGUUCGCUCGUGGAUAAUUUAUGGAUUUACAUUACUUUGUAAAAGAUACUAUUAAUAGAUUUUCCUAUUAAGUCCUAUUAUAUGAAUACAACUUCACAAACGAAUGAAUAUCUACAUAUCAGAGAGAGGGAAUUUCAUAAAUCAAUCAUACAAAUAUUAGCAUUAAACAUACAGUUACGCAAAUACAUAAAAAUAUGAAUUUUCAACCUUUUCUUUAGCCAUCACUGUAUAUAUUAUAUAUUCAUUGUGAGAAAUGAAGAAAAUGUAAGUUUAUCUAUUAGAGAAAUUAAUGUUUUAUCUAGCGUCGUACUUAAAUUAAAUAUAAUAUAUCGUCGAUAUAUCACUGUCGCUAAAAAAAAAGGAAAGAAAAUGUGAAAAAGACUAUCUUCACGAUAACUAGAAGGAGGAGAAAAAAUUCCAACUCUAAGCGCUCACAUCAAGUUGUGAAUAAACAUAUCAUACCUAAUUAAUAUAUUGAACAAAGAAGGGAGAUAUCAUCGUUUAAUAUAAUAUAAAUAUGAGUCUAUAUAUAUAUUAAAAUAUAUAUAUAUAUAUAAAGAUUAUAAAUCUAUAUGCAAGAAAAAUAGUUAUUAAACGCAUUAUGUCGAAUGAGCGUAGAUCUACAAUAGUAGGCCAUUUUUCAAUCCAUUAAGGCAACAAAAAUUUAUAUGCGUGUACAUUCAUACACAUGCGCAUACGUAUACACACGUGAACGUAAUUAUAAUUUUCUUUUUCCUAUUUCUGAUUCCUCUGAUAAAAAAAAAAAAAUCAACAACCGAAUGCUUCUCUCGGCUCUCUUACAAUCUACCAAAACAGAUCUGCGCGAAAAUAUGAUGUAAUAAGAGAGGAAAGCACGUGCAGCGAAUCGUGCUGGAAUAUCUUUUAAAUUAUUACUAAUAUCUUGUCCUCUUCGUCGCGAGACACGUAAAGGAGGAAAAUUUCAAUAAAAUGUAAACAAAUCAAGUCACUUGAUAUACCUAUAUGUAUGUAUGAGAAUUUUUAUGUGUACAUAAAUUCUGCAACUUGAAUCGAUUUAGUGGCUGUCCUAAUCAUCUAUAUUAAAGUAGAAACGAAAAUGAAGAGAGAAAAAGUUACGACAUUUUCCUCCUGUGAUAUUUGAAUUGCGAUUCGUUUGUUUCUUUCUUUCUAUUUUCUAUCUUCUUUUUUUCAAAAUUUCUAGUCCCCACGACUUAUUCGUCAAGUUAACAGUCGCGUAACACGAUACGCUCGUAAACGUUGUUGGAACACGUUAAUCGAAACGGCCAAAUACUUAAAUAACGAUAUUAAUAUAAACUAUAAUGAUCGCUCGAUCAGGCCGGCCAAUCAUCUUUACUGGAUUUCUCCUAUUGAACUCAAUGCUAUCGCUACAUAAGUCAUUGAAUCUCAUAAACGUUCAAAAAUAUGCUAUAUUCCAAUCGCAUAACCUCAAUUUGUUUCACAUCACACAUCAAAUGUAGUUGAUUCGUUUUUGUAAAUUGUCCGACUAUUAUUUCAUCAUAAUUCGAUAAAUAAAUGAUUGGCCGGCAUAAUCAGAAAAGCUAAUAAGAAUGAGAAUCGAUGUUAUAUUGUUUAAAUUAAAGUGUAAUAUCCUUUCUUUUUCUUUCCCUCGUCUCGUGUUCCGAACGAAGCGCAAAAUCGCCUUUUCCUCUUUACACGUUUCCUCUCAGUCUCGUUUCCAUUCUCCCCGUUCCAUCCACUUUAAUCUCGUGUGCUAUUUGCUCUCAUAUGCUACUUUUUAACAUUGAGAUUUCGGUCAUGGUGCUAUAAUAUCUGUACAUAUACUGUGGGAAUCGUUGUGUAAUCAAUGUACCAUUAUUAUUAAUAUUAUUCGAACUAUAAUCGCAUCCAAUAUAGCUAUUAUUAUUAUUUUAUUAUUUUGAUAUACUCAUAUUUACAUGACCGUUACGUUUAACAAUACAUCAACUUAUAAAUUUGUCUCGUAAUUUGCGCACGAAUAUUGGGAAACGCUAACAAAGAAAAAAAGAUGGCGAUUCCUUUCAUUUCAGAGAUAAAAAUAUAUAGUAAAUAUAUAUAUAUAUAUAAAUAUAUACAUAUAUUCCGCCCGUAAAACAGGACUCUGCAAUAAUCAUGAUUUUGUUUGAUAUUGAUUCUAUGAUUGUAUAUUUAUAGAUAAGUUGAGCUCAAGCGUGCAUCUCGUUGCGUACGCUAUAUCGCAUAUAUUAUACAUACUCUUCAUUUUUAUAUAGGCGAGAUAUCGACUGCAUACUAUAUCUAUACCGGAUGUUUUGUAAAUCGUAAAACAAUCAGGAAAGUAGAAGAUUCCACGGUCAAAUACAAGGCGAUCCCGAAAAUAAAGGUAUUACUGAAUCUGAAGCAUCUAACAUCUUUGACAGAAACUUGACGAUAACCUAAAUAGUACUUUCUACAUUAUAUGUUAGGUAGAUUUGUGCGAGGUCGUCCUACAUCCGGCACAGAAUCUGCACGGUUCUUCUCUGAUCGAUUCACGAUUUAUAAAACAGCCUAUGUAUAAAACGAUAUAUCGAAGUGAUUGAGGUGACGAUGACGAUGGAUGACGGCGUGCCAAGCAAGGCGGGAAUUGUUCUUUAAAAGCAAAAAAAAUAUAAUAUUACAUAUAUAUGUAUAAAAUAAUAUAAACGACGAUAAUGAUAUUAAGGUAAAUAAGUACGACAAAACGACUGCUCUAUACUGCUAAAGUACAAAUGUUUCAUUUAUUUGUUUUAUAAAAACGAUAUCGAUUUGUUAGAGAUUAGGUUUAAUGCGUGCACGCUCAAGCGCGCGAUGUACGUGUAAUUAUAUUUAUUUGUUAAUCUCUCCCUAUAUCUUUCUCUCUCUCUCUCUCUCUCUCUCUCUCUCUCUUUCUUUCUUUCUUUUCCUCUCUCAAGUAUAAUAAUGUGGCCCCUCCAUCUACAUAUAUAGCGUCCUAACGUGACGCAUACACAAUAACGUGAUACGCUCAUGCUCGCUCAUUUCACGUUCACCACGACAUCUAAUUUCACACGCAAUCCACAUAUCUCUCCUGCCGUACUUAUGUAAUAGUCGCAUGACAUAUGACAGUUUGGUCCUAGUAAUAUAUGGGUGCGUACAGGUACAUAAGGAUACGAAAUUCGUCGUUUUCGUCGUAACACGCACAGAUUUUGAGCUCCUCAUACCCCUCUCACGGAUAAUCACCAUGGUGGUGUCAGAUGAUCGAUGCUGAAUAGCAGGAAAUAUAACUUACAAACUAUAGCUAACAGAAUGGUUCUUUUUGUGCAGCGUUUCCCAAUCGUUUCCAUUUUUGCCAAUUAACUUAACGAGCCUUGAUCUUUUAUGUUUUCUAAUUAAACUUUUUACCAUUUGUAAUUAUGAAGAUAUCGUAUUGUGUUCGUUCUGAAAAGGUGGAAAGGUGUAUGUAAUAUAAAGAAAAUCUUAUGAACUCAUGAACUACCUUUGGAUAGAAUAUCUGCUUACUAUUUCUAAACUAAACAUUUUCACUUUUUGUAAACAAUAUGUAGAUUGGGAAAUGUUGAUUUGUUUAAUCAAGAUGCGACAAUAAUACGUAUAUAUUGUUUAAUGGCAAAGCAAUAAAUUGUAUAAGUACGACUACUUAUGAAAUUAUAAUGACGUGACGUGAUUCAGCAAUUUUGUUCCUUAGAUACAACAAAUGAUUUCAACUACUGUUUUGUCGUUGUAAAAUGUUUUAAUUCAUUUGUGCUCAAAAUGUCGAAAACAAUGCAUGAAUUUUAAGAAACUUUCAUGUUUUAAUUCAGAAUAUUAUUGCCAGAUAAAAGCGUGAAAAAUAUUUUUCUAACAAAAAGGACACUAAUUUUUUAAUACGCCUCUACUACGAAUAAUAGUUCCGAGCAAAGAUGAAUUAAAAUGAAUUUAAUAUUUCAUACAACGCUAUUUGUAUUACAGAUUCAAUAAAUACGUUAUUAUUGUCGUUGCUUGAUUCAAUCAUAUAUUCAGCGUUAUAUUUCCAUCUCAUUCAUGGGUGUUCAUUAAAUAUUAUUUUCUCUUUUAUAUUACUUCACCUACGAUCGUACUUAAUCGCAUCAGUAUCGUUUCAUCCGAUAACCGAUUAAUUUCCGACAUAUCAGAAUAUAUUCUGCUAAAUCGAAUAGCAAUUCAAUUAACAUUUAAUCCUUUCGCAAUGCAAUAUGUUUUCCCUAUUUUCCAUCAGGCGGCCUGCAUUAAUUUAUUGUACAAUUAAUACACGCUUCUGUUCGCAUGAAUAUCUUAGCGCGAAGUAUUUUUAUGAUGUAUAAAUAAUUUUGAGAGAAUUAUAUAUGACAUUUAAUUUGAAAUAAAAUUACACAUGAUAAGGUACGCAAUUUAAAUUAAUUCGACAAAUGCAAAGAGUUUGAGUAAAUAGGGAAAACAACGGAAGAAAUAAAAUAAAACAAAGUAAUUAACCGGAGAAAGAAUCGCUAUUGAAACUAUUGGAUGAUUCACGAAAUUGGAAUCCAAAGGAAAUGCAAUGGAAAGUAAUUGUCAUGCUGUUCGUAAUGCAUCACGAUCUAACGGAUGCACGAAGAAAUAAAGAAACAAAAUAAUGUAUGUAUAUCUCUAUCAUACAUACCGUCGCAAUAAUCGAUCGAUAUUUUAUAUUUUUUUUUCCUGUAAGACAAAAGUUUGUCCACUUUAGCUCUUUGCAAAUAUGCGCGUAUCGAUCGUAUUUUUGUAAAUCCUCUAGAAACCGAUUUCAUCUGAAGUUCACGCUGCCGAUAUUGAACGUCUCAUAACGUAAAAUUGUUUUGCAACGAAUCGCGAUAAAAAGAAAAAAACGAACUAGAUCGCAGAGAGUUAAAAUGCUCGGACAACGUUUGUCGACGGUAGAAUACUUGACCAUUUGAGUGCAGAGGAUCGUGACCGCGUUCCUCGAUACUCGGACAAGAAAUACGAAAAGCACAGAAACGCUUCUCAUAUUUCUUCCGUUAUAAAACAACUAUUGGACAUGCACAACAUCGUAUGUCCAGCAGUUGUGCCUUUACAUUGAGAAAAUCGUUCGUGAUUCACUGUUAUUUGAUCAGUAUCAGUUAAUAAACUUUUUAAAUAGUGUUAAAAAAUAAAGGCAACAUUUCUUUCUGUCUCGAAUCCUUCAUUUUACCCAAACUCCCAAAACACAUUCUAUUAUUUAAAAUCUACAAUUUAAAUGUAUACAUAAAACUACUCUCUGCACUCAAAUGGUUCAAUCAAUGUUUAACGAGAUUUUAAUUGUCGUAUAAGAUCGUUUUGCGAUAACAAAUACAGGCGAGCUGAAACAAUCGGAAUGGAAUUAAAUUAAAUUAAUUAUAUAAACUGUAAUGAAUUUAACUUGAAUCUCGAAUGCAUACUUUUUAGUAAACACUGUUGAUACAAUGAUAGUGUAAAUGGAUUAAAAAAUCUUGUAUGUGUGUUAGAAUUAUUCGUAGACAAUUAGAAAACGUAAAGUUUCUUAGUCGUUCACAUUCAUGGCUUCCUUCUUUCGUAUUUCCGCUCAUACUUCGUCACGCAAAGAUGGAAAAUUCAACUAUUAGUCAUUUGUCCAAUUAGCUUAAUAUAUAAUGUCGAUAUUUUAAAAACAACAGUAUCGAUAAAAUCGACUUUCGAUCUGAUCAGAUAAAUGUUUAAUUAUUAUUCGAAAUUGUUUUAGAGGUUAGAAACUGGUCGAAACGUCUUCUGUAGUUCACAGUGGGAAGAUAUACGAAAAAUUGCGAUGCAAUACAAUAUUAUGAAAGUUACUACUAAAUGUAAUUAUCAGAAACAUGUUUCCAUAAAAUUGUUUUAAUUAAUAUUCUGUUAAAUAUUUCCUUUCUUGUAAUAACAGAGUUAAAAAUAUUUUUCACAUGGUUA